AUGGUUCGAAAGCCAGACAAUUCUUGGAGGAUGUGCAUAGACUUCAAGGAUCUCAACAAGGCUUGCCCUAAAGAUUGCUACCCAUUACCAGAAAUCGAUCUCAAGGUUGACUCCCUCUCCGGCUACCCUUUCAAGUGUUUCCUUGAUGCUUACAAGGGUUACCACCAAAUCCUCAUGAAGGAAGAGGAUGAAGAAAAGACCGCGUUCCACACAGACAAGGGGAUCUUUUGUUAUCAAAAGAUGCCUUUUGGCCUCAAAAACGCCGGAGCAACCUGCCAACGUCUUGUUGACAAGGCCUUUGAGACUCAAAUCGGUAGAAACAUGGAGGGUAAGUUCUUGGGUCAUAUUGUUGGGAAACAAAGCAUCAAGGCUAAUCCAAACAAGGUGAGAGCUGUUCUUGAAGCCAAACCACUAAAAACCAAGAAGAAGGUUGAAAGCUUAAAUGGGAAGCUUGUAGCCUUGAAGCUUUUUACCUCAAAGUUGGCGGAAAGGUCUCUCCCCUUUUUCAAAACGCUCAAGGGUUGCACCGAUAAGAAAGACUUCAAAUGGACUGAAGAGGCUGAAGAAGCCUUUAACCAAAUGAAGCAACACCUAACUUCCCUACCUGACAUGGCAGCCCCAGAAACGGGAGAACUAAUCUCAGUAUACCUCUCAGUUCCUGAAGAAGCAAUAAGCGCGGUCCUCACCAUUGAACGAGAUAAAAUCCAGACAACCAACAACGAAGCUGAAUACGAAGCACUGAUAGCAGGCUUAAGACUAGCUAAAGAAAUGAAGGUCCAAAAGCUUGAAGUGUUCACAGACUCAUUGCUGGUAUUGGUAGAAGUGUUAAAGGCUUCAUCAAUUGAUGAGUUAGAAGUUCAAGAUGUAAUCGCCGAAGAAGAUCCAAAUUGGAUGACUCCAAUCAAGAAAUUCCUCAAAAAUGGUGAAUUGCCUAAUGACCAAACAGAGGCUGAAAGGUUUAAGAUCAAGGCAAGGCAGUAUGUUCUACAAGGUGAAACCCUAUAUAAAAAGGGUUACCUCGUACCCUUGCUAAGAUGUGUUGGUCCCGAGCAAAGUCAGUAUUUGGUCAAAGAGGUUCAUGAAGGUAUAUGUGGAGCUCAUUUUGGAGCUAGAUCGGUGGUUGCCAAACUUAUGAACCUUGGGUACUUUUGGCCCUCAAUGCACCGAGACACCACUAAGCUGCUAAGGAAGUGUGAUGCUUGCCAAAUUCAUGCACCAGUCCCAAAAAGUCCCAAACAUGAUCUGGUCCCAAUAACCUCAGCAUGGCCAUUUUAUAAAUGGGGGAUGGACAUUGUCGGCCAAUUCCCCCCAAGCAAAGCUGGAGUAAAAUUUUUGUUCGUAGCCAUAGAUUAUUUCACCAAGUGGCCUGAGGUUAAACCGCUUGCAAAAAUCACGGGCAAGCAAAUCAUCGACUUUGUUUGGGAAAACAUUAUUUGCUAUUAUGGAUUGCCGGGAGUUCUUGUCACCGACAAUGGAAAGCAAUUUGCUGAGAAGCCUUUCAGCGUUUGGUGCAAAGAAUACAAGAUCAAUCAGGUUUUCAGCUCAGUAGCAUACCCGCAAUCAAAUGGUCAAGUUGAGAGAACGAAUCGAAGCAUAUUGGAAGGUUGA